CAUCAUUUUUUCUUUCUCUUCCAACCCACGGUCUGCUUUUCACAAAGCAUGUUAUCACUUUGUCCAUUUUUAAUUUUUAUUUUUCUCGUAAGACAAGCUGAGACCACCAUGAGCACUCUGAACCAGCAGUAUGAUGAGAAGGUCCGUCCCCUCAUCGACCUCAUUGACUCUCUCCGCUCUCUCGGUGUAGAGAAGGACCUGGCGCUGCCUGCUAUUGCCGUGAUUGGAGACCAAAGCUCGGGGAAGAGCUCUGUGUUGGAGGCGCUGUCCGGGGUGGCACUGCCGAGAGGCGGCGGUAUUGUGACAAGAUGUCCACUGGAACUGAAGAUGACAAGAAAGAAGAAAGGAGAGGCGUGGUAUGGAAAGAUAAGCUACCGCGGCUUUGAAGAAAAGAUAAAAGAGCCUGAACUUGUGGAGAAAAUGAUUCGAGAAGCUCAACUUAAAUUGGUCGGGAAUGAGGAUGGGAUCAGCAGUGAGCUCAUCAGUCUGGAGAUUGCCUCCCCGGAUGUUCCAGACCUUACUCUCAUUGACCUGCCUGGCAUUGCCAGGGUGGCUGUAGAUGGGCAAUCAGCAGACAUUGGUGAUAAGAUUAAAACUAUGAUCCAGACUGUCAUCAGUAAACAAGAAACUAUCAUUCUGGUGGUUGUUCCGUGCAACGUGGACAUUGCAACUACAGAGGCUUUGAAUAUGGCUAAGCUGGUGGAUCCUGAUGGAGAGAGGACUUUGGGUGUCUUGACUAAACCUGACCUGGUGGACAAAGGCACAGAAGAGAACGUGGUUAAAAUUGUCCAUAAUGAAGUCAUCCGCUACAUGGUGGUCAAAUGCAGGGGUCAGAAGGAGAUCACAGAGAAGGUGUCACUUUCUGAAGCACUAAAAAAUGAGGAAGCCUUCUUCAAAGAGCACGCCCAUUUCCAGAUUCUCUUUGAUGAGGGUCUGGCCGGUGUUCCUAAACUGGCAGAAAAACUCACUCUUCUACUGGUGCAUCAUAUUCAGAAAUCUCUGCCAUGGCUUGAUGAGCAGACACAGAAGAAACUGGAACAGACUCGGGCAAACCUGGACAAAUUAAGAACUGGACCCCCAUCUGAUGCAACUAAGAGACAAAAGUUUCUCAGUGAUCUUGUGUUAGCAUUCACACAGGAUGCUAUCAGACUCACCAAAGGUGAAGAAUUAAAAUGUGGAUACAACUCCAGCAUCUUUUUCACACUCAGAAAUAAGUUUGAAGCAUGGGAGAAAAUCAUAAAAGACUCUGGAUCAUCAUUCGAAGAGCACAAUCUGAGAGAAGAGUCUCAGUUUGAACGCAUGUACCGUGGAAGAGAACUGCCAUUGUUUGUGAGCUACAGUACUUUUGAGUCCACAAUCCAGAAGCAGAUCAAACAGCUGGAGGAGCCUGCUAUCCAGAAACUCAAGGAAGUGUCAGAGGUUGUGAGGAAAGAGCUGUUUGAAUUGGCACAAAACAGCUUUGUGGGCUUUCCGAACCUCAUCAAUACAGCGAAGAUGAACAUUGAAACCAUCAUGAAAGAAAGGGAAGAGGAAGCAAAGUCCAUUCUGGGGAUGCAGUUUAAAAUGGAGAUGGUUGUUUACAUUCAAGACAGCAAAUACAUCACGGAUAUACGGAAGGAAAUUUCCAAAAAAGGCCAACUGUACACCAGUGGGCUGACCUCAAAAGAGAUGUUGAAACACUUUGAAGUAUAUUUCAAUCAGAUUGCUGGGCAGCGUCUUGCUGGCCAGAUCCCCCUGGUGAUCCGGUAUCAGAUGCUGCAGGAGUUUGCCAGCCAGUUGCAGAGUAAGAUGCUGGACACAUUUCAGGACAACGAGAGAAAAGAGUACCUGCUUGAAGAGAACAGUGGCACAAAAAAUAAAAGAGAAGAUCUUAAGAUGCGCCUUGAGCGUCUCUCAAGAGCUCACAAUCUGCUGUCUGACUUUCAAAACUUUCAACCAGACUUCACUGCAAUCUUAGUAUUUAAUAUUCUACUAAUAUUUAAAAUUAGUAGAAUUGAAAGGGUUGGGUUUUGAACCUCUAAUUGUUUAUAAGAAACACUGAAGAAAUAGGAAUAUUUCUAUACAGAUAUCAUAAAAAACAGAUACAGUUGCACCAGGAAGUCUUAAGUGCUAGACGAAGAAAAAAAGAAAAACAACACACAUCCAGAGUUUUCAGAUUUCUACUCAACUAAAUCAGAAUCUGUGUUUUGGACAAGAAUAUUUUUGCAUUAUUAUGUACUCUGUAUCUUCAUGUGUUUUAUCAUCUGUUAUAGGUUUCCUAUUCAUCUUCAGUUGUCUUGAAUACAUAAAUAAAAUGCAGUGAAACAAUAAAA